AUGGCUGCGAGGGCAUUUCUUUUAUUUUUGGUGGGUUGCACCUUGUUCAGCGACAAGAGUGCCUUCGCAGUGAGUGUUGCCUACCUUGAAUGUUUCAGAGACCUCAACUCAUGCGGAGGAUAUGCAUGGGGUGCUGCUGCGCUUUCUUACCUAUACGACAAUCUUCGAGAAGCGAGUAUGCAUCAGACUAGAACAGUAUCAGGGUAUCUGACACUAUUACAGGCGUGGGUGUAUGAGCAUUUUCCAACAUUAUGUGCGAAUUGUUGUAGAUUAUCUCAGGUUUAUGAUGAGGACUAUCCGAGAGCACUUAGAUGGAAGCCAAAACGUGAUAAAGGUUUGGUUGUUCCAUUUAGGAAAGCACUGGACGAGAUUGAUGUUGAUGGCAUAUGUUGGACACCCUACAGAGAGCAUAGGCCGAAGCGACCAUUUGAGGUUGUUUCAUUAUUCAGAGGGUGGAUACGUUGGGGUCCCAAGAUGUAUGCUCACUUGCCAGAUAGGGUAUUGCGUCAAUAUGGACAUGUCCAAACCAUCCCUGGUUCACCUUUGGAGAUAGUAGGUCAGACGACCACACCAGAGGAAAUAGAUAUCAUGUUUACACAAUACGUUGUACAUGUAGUUGACGAUGAGGCAGUUGUACACAGACCUGCAGACUAUGCAAUUGAGUACAUGGAUUGGUUUCGUCGGAUUUCUCAUCCAUAUAUCAUUCGUAGAGAACCAGUCUAUGUAGCACCUUCGCGUCGAGCAAUACAAAUUGCAGAGGAGCUUCUUGGUCGACAGCUGGUAUUACCUGAUGGCAUCGCACUCGUGAAUGAAUUAAUUUUGAUAUUGCGAUCUCAGAGGGGUGGUGGUAGAGAUUGGACUCAUGUAGUGCCAUAUCGUAGGAGACAUAGACAGACUUAG